ACUCAGGUUACUGUAUUCAUCCGAGGACCAGAGCAAUCCACUGCAGGGUUGUAGUGAGUAUUGGGUGGAGGGCUGCGCUAUUGAUCAGAUACAAGAUGAAGAUCUGCUUUAUCUUAGUGUUUGUGGUGUGCGUUUACAUGCCAAUCUCUGAAGGUGCAGGUCUAGCAAGGAAGUCGCUGACAUUUCCAAACAAAACCAUGAACAGUUAUGUCCAACUGAACCCAAUGAGUUGUCCCAAUUUAUUUGCCUUUACUCUGUGUUUGAGGGCAGCAUCUGAAGACUCCCACAGCUAUGGGUUGUUCUCCUAUGCGACUUCACAAAACGCCAAUGAACUGCUGCUCUGGAAGUGGAGUGAUACAAGACUUGACCUGUAUCUCCGCGAUACUGUAAUUCCAUUUUCCCUUCCAGCAAUGAAUGCGUUGAUGAGGCACAUCUGUGUGAGCUGGGAGUCUGAACACGGGGAGGUAACAUUCUGGGUGAAUGGACAGAGAAGUGCUCGGAAAGUUGGUAGAAGGGGGAAAAUGGUGAGGGGUGGAGGCACCUUUAUCCUGGGACAGGAGCAGGACAGCGUUGGGGGAGGGUUUGACAUCAAGCAGAGUUUUGCUGGGGAGAUAACUGAUGUUAAUCUGUGGGACCAUGUUUUAACAGCAACUGAGAUUAAGGCUGUGAGUGAAAGUUGUAACAGUCUUGGGGGGAGCAUCAUUGACUGGUCCACAAUAUCGUACUCUGCAAGAGGAAAGGUGAAUAUUCAGGAUAAUAAAGACUGCACAACUUAAAAUUUUUUGCCAGGGAACCAGUUUUGGGAACAAUGGACUAAAGCAUGAGAAGGAAAUGACAGACAUUCCCACCAAAUGGUUUUAAUAGCCCUACAACGUUACAUUAUAAUCUUUUUAUCCGAAUCCGUGCAGGAAUCGACAAUAGAGUUUAAUGUAGAAUAAAGAGGGUUUGAUGAAGGUGUUCUGUAUAUUUGGAUUUGGGGUUUUUGUACUCACACUGUUUAUCUUUUCAUCUUCCUCAGUAUCUGGCUGAGUUUCAAACUCAAAUGUAAAGAAUCUCUGUCUUUCUCAUCACAGACAGAGAUGGAGAUAGGGAGGCAGAGAAUGUGACUUAUAGAUACAGGAUGCAGCUUGGUGUAAGCAACCUGUUCAGAGAUGUUAUUACUUGAAUCCAGGCCUCCUGGCUUAAAGGAAGGGACCCUACCACUGUACCAUAAGGACUUGGUGUAAACUUCAGUGAGGUGCAGUCUGAGUGAAGUCUGAUUAAAACCCGAAAACUCACUCAAACUGGUCCGAACUAAUAAGGACCCACCUACUUCCUCACCCACUCUUCCUUUGUUCCAUCCUUCCUUGGCUAUGUCACUGGGGCAAUCUUUAACUUCACAGAGGGAUUAUUUCUCUCUCAUAAUCACAAAGUGCACCAGCAAAGGCAGGGAGUUCACACCUUCUAACUGACACACCCAGAGCCAAUGGAAGAACUAAAUGCCUGAGGAACAGUCAGACUGAUAAAGUCACUUUAGGAGAAGUGAACUCUGUUCAGGAUUGUGACUGUCCUGCCUGGGGAUUAUUGCUGGAUGUAUACUGUCUCUUUCUGCUGGAAUUGUACCAUGAUUGGAAACACUCAGAUAUUGCAAUCUCCUUGGAAUGAAAUUGUAACCAAUCUAAUGUUGUAGUUUCAAUGCAUCAAUAAAUACACAUCAAAAUGCCAA